ACUAGCAUCAAUCUCUUUGCCACGUUGAAUCGUUUAUAGUCAGACACAUAUCGAAAAGACCUCUCUCUUAAACAAACAUGUAUGUGAAAUUGCUCCUUUUAUGCGCGUUUAGCGCAGUCUUUGCAGACAUUGGUGAAGAAAAUGGAGUUUUGGUGUUGACAGAGGCAAACUUUGACGGUGCAAUUGCAGACAACAAGUACAUUUUAGUUGAGUUCUAUGCACCAUGGUGUGGACACUGCAAAUCCCUUGCUCCUGAAUAUGAAAAGGCAGCUAAGGCUCUUGCUGAUGAAGGAUCUGAAAUCAAACUCGGAAAAGUUGAUGCCACUGAACAGCAGAAACUUGCCGAGAAAUUUGAAGUCCGUGGCUACCCCACCAUCAAAUUCUUCAAGGAUGGAAAGCCAGUAGAAUAUGGAGGUGGCAGAACCUCUCCCGAAAUUGUCAACUGGCUGAGAAAGAAGACCGGCCCACCAUGUAUUGCUCUCAAGGAUGUCGAUGGUGCCAAGAAAUUUGUUGAAAAAGACGAUGUUGUUGUCAUUGGAUUCUUCAAGGAUGACAAAUCAGCUGAUGCCAAGGCAUUCGAGGAGGCAGCUUCCGGUAUUGAUGACAUUCCAUUCGGUGUUACCUCAGAGGCCGAUCUUUUCAAAGAAUACGAAGUGGAAUCUGAUGGCAUUGUUCUUUUCAAGAAGUUUGAUGAAGGACGCAACAACUUUGAGGGAGCUAUUACUGCUGAAGCUGUGUCCAAAUUUGUGUCCUCCAACCGUCUGCCAAUGGUUGUUGAAUUCACCCAAGAGAGCGCCCAGAAGAUCUUUGGAGGUGAAGUGAAGAAUCACAUUCUGCUUUUCGUCAAGAAGACUGACAAAGACUUUGACACCAAACUGAGUGACUUCAAAGAAGCAGCCAAAGACUUUAAGGGAGAGGUCCUUUUCAUUUACCUUGACACCAGUGAUGAGGAUAAUGCCAGAAUCCUGGAAUUCUUCGGACUUAAGGCCGAGGAAUGCCCUGCCGUCCGUCUCAUCACCCUCGGAGAGGACAUGACCAAAUACAAGCCAGACACCAACGAUCUCUCCACAGAGGCUGUCAGAUCCUUUGUUCAGGCCUUCAGAGAUGGAAAACUUAAGCCACAUCUUAUGAGUGAAGAAGUCCCUGAGGAUUGGGAUGCCAAACCAGUCAAAACUUUAGUUGGAAAGAACUUUGUUGAAGUAGCUUUAGAUGAAAAGAAAGAUGUAUUUGUAGAAUUUUAUGCCCCAUGGUGCGGCCAUUGUAAACAGUUGGCUCCCAUCUGGGACGAGUUAGCAGAGAAAUUCAAGGACAGAGAUGACCUUGUCAUUGCCAAGAUGGACUCCACAGCCAAUGAAGUAGAACAGGUCAAAGUUCAGAGCUUCCCUACUCUCAAGUUCUUCCCUAAAGGUAGCCAACAGGUCGUUGAUUACAACGGUGAGAGAACCCUCGAAGCUCUCGCCAAGUUUGUAGAGAGCGGUGGAAAGGAUGGUGCUGGGGAACCAGAGGAGCCUGAAGAGGAAGAGGAGGAAGAAGAAGAGGAGGAUAAGCCUAAGGAUGAAUUGUAAAGGAGUCCAUCUUAGUGACAGAAGGAUCUCAGAGAAGAGGAGAAAGAAAAAAAGGACUUAAAAUUCCAUAUGAUCACAUUUUCUUAUCAUCAUUUAUGUCAUGAAAAAAUGGAUAUUAGCAUAGAUGCCAAAAAGACAGUGCAUUUAAUUUUUUUUUAAGAUCAAAGGCAUGUCUUUUAACCAUAAAAGAGACAAAAAGUAUAGUGCUGAAUUAUGUAUAAACCUGCUAAAGUUGUGCCUUCAGGGUCUUGUUUAACUGGGAAUGGGCAUAUUUUUAUUUUGACACUCCUGAUCGUUGAGUUGUUGUUGCAUUGGUAUUGAGGCAGCUUUAUGUGCACGUGUUAAUGCUGGAACUAGUCGAAGAUCAUGGAAUAGUUUAUUACAGAAGUGGCAUUUUAUAUUAUUAUGAUUCAUUCCAAUUUAUGUUUAUCUUCUUUUUUUUCGUCCUUUGAUUAUGUAUAUGAUGGUUAUUUAUUAUUUUUUUUCUUGAACAGCUUUGAAUUUUAACAGUUUUACAAAUGGAAAUUAAUAAUAAUUCUUCCAUUAUUAUAAUUUUUUUUUUGAGAUGCAUACAUUUUAGAAGGGAGAUGAUAUUAUUUUUUCUCCUCAAAAUCAAAGAACUCAUUCGGGACUAAAUAUGUGUGCGUGACUGUGUGAAUGUGUAUCUUUAUUGUGGUGAUUGAUGGAAGGUAUUGAAUGAAGAUUAAUGAUUUUUUGUUUGGUGCUGUUUUAACAGGAAAAUGCUAAAAAAUUAGGUACCAGUGUGUCUGUUAUAAAUGCUCAUGUACUAAGGUGUUGUGUACAUGUUUAUAAUUAUUUCAAAACUUUUUGAAAUGUAGGUUAAAAUAAAAAAUUCCAAAAAUUUA